AUGGCAACCCAGUCUCUCUCACGGAACUGCUUACGGAUAUGCACUUCUGAAGCACCCAACGCAGCCAGAGCUUUCCUCAAACUUGCCCCCACAAGAAGACAUCUCUCCAACUUCGCCCCGCCGCCACUCCUAGAUUUCCUCCUCCCACCAUCACGAUGCCUCUUUGCUCGGGCAGGCAAGCCUACAAGAAGCUCUAGAAGAACAUUCACGUCUUCUGCUACAAGACAGCAUACGAGUGCUAUACAUAACCCGCAAAAGGAUGAGGAUGGCAAUGAGAUGCAUAUAGAGAUUACUCCUCGAGCUUCUAACAGACUAAAGGAAAUAAUGGCCAAAGACUCCAACCCCUCCCUCGCCCUGCGAAUCCAAGUCGAAAGCGGCGGGUGCCAUGGUUUCCAAUACCUGAUGUCGCUCACCACCCUACCCUCCCUACCCAUCUCCUCCUCUACAAUACCCCUAGAAGCGCCUCAGGCACUCAACACGUCCUCCAGCGACCCGAAUGCGAUGCCACCGGGAUCGGCAGUCGAGAAAGGUGUUUUGGGAGAGGAUGAUACGGUGUUUGAGGCGGAAGAUGGGUCUGGUGCGAAGGUGGUUAUGGAUGGACCGAGUUUGGAUCUGUUGAAGGGGAGUAAGGUUGAUUUUACGAUGGAGUUGAUUGGAAGCCAGUUCAAGAUUGUGGAUAAUCCGUUGGCGACGAGUAGUUGUGGUUGUGGGACCAGUUUUGAUAUCAAGGCUUGA